AUGAUUCAGAAAAAGAAAAUACAAAUAUUUUCCUUUUUGAAUCUUAUUGGCUAUAUUACUACUAAACUAAAAGCUCUUAUUAGAUUUUUAUAUCAAAAUAUCGAAUUCCAACUUUUCCUUUUUUUAAUUAAAAGCCAGUUACCAAUUAUUAUAAUAAAGUUUAACCUUAAGCAAAUCAAAUGGUUAGAUGGGAAAAAGAAGUAA